ACCUUUAUUUAAUUUCAAAGUUCAAUCGAAAAUUAAAAUUUAAGUCAUGGCAUUGUUGUGCAGCUAAAAAACAAGAUCAAAUGAGUGAAAUAUUCCAAGAGCCUAAGGGCUUAAAAUCAAUGUCAGCUGGAUUCUCAUCUCAUCAUCAAUCGUGUCGUAGCAAGCAAAGGAAAAUGGAUGAACAUGGAGGAAGCAAGGUGACAGGCAUUAAGCAGAUUGUAAGACUAAAAGAAUUUCUAAGUAAAUGGCAACAUGUCACACUUGGCCCCAAGGGAAAUGGUAAUAAUUGCAACAACAACGAUAAUAAUAAUAAUAAUCAUGUUGGAUCAUCGUUGAAACACGGUAGCAAUUCCCCUAGAGGAAUAUCACCUUCGAUUAGUAUGAGGUUGAGGAAUUACAAUAUAUAUUGUGAUUCAGAUGAGGAGAGUUGUCAAAGUCCAGAGCCACCUCAUGGUGUCCCUAGAGGCUAUUUGGCUGUUUAUGUUGGAUCGGAGCUUCGGAGGUUUAUAAUUCCCACAAGUUAUCUUAGUGAUCCAUUGUUUAAAUUGUUGUUGGAAAAAGUUGAGGAAGAGUUUGGGUUUGAUCAUACUGGUGGACUCACUAUACCUUGUGAGAUUGAGACCUUCAAGUUUCUCAUGCAGUGCAUGGAAAAUCAUCAAAGAGAUCAACCUUCCUCUUCUCUUCAUCAACACCAUUCUGGUAAUUAGCUUUAAUCAUUAUUUUUAUUUUUUCAACACACAAUUGCUAUUGGUAUCCACCUCCACCUAAUUGACCUCCUAGUGACACUCGUAACUCUGUCAAUCAAGAUUUAGGCACAUGAUAAUAGAAGUCACUCCACGCUUUUCUGUGAAUUUAUCUUCUUUUUCUCAUCAUUCUUUUCUUUUUCACCACAAGUGCUAUUGGUGUACACCUCGAUUAUUUUGGUAGGUACCUUUACCGGAUUUUAUUGGCAAUGGGUAACUUUGCCAACCAAAAUUUAGGUAGAUGAAAAUUGAAGUCACUCCACGCUUUUGUGUGCCAAUACUCUUUUUAUGAUUUUGAUUGUAGAAUUAUUUUACUUAAAUGCCUCCAGUGCUAUUGAUCUUGUCAAGUUUUAACAAGAAACCUUGAUGGUUUUGAUGUAGGAUCUUCGCUUAUUUUGGAGUGAAUAACUACCAUGGUCUUAGUGAUGAUUGAAUGUUUAGGGAUGAAUUAUUUUUCUUUGCUAUUUGUUUUCUCUUCUUCUGAUUACGAGCUUAGAAGGUCCCAUUGUAUUUGUAUACAAUUUCAUCACUUCUAUUUUUACACUUGCCCUAUGUUUGUCAUGUGUUUAUAGCUAAUCUUGAAAAGAAAAAAAGCAUUGAAGGAAAAAGAAAGUAAGGAGGGCCUAGGUAGUUAUAUUAAGAAGGUUCAUUGGCAAAAAGGAGAAAGCAUAAACCUUUGACCCUUUCUAGGUAUUACCUAUAAGAAACUGUAAAGAUCAAGCUUCACAAAGGUUUUUUUUUUUUUAGGUAUUGUCACUUGUAUUGGAAUAACCUUGUCCAAGUAUAUUGUAAAGCAAUUGAUUUUUAAUUGUUCAAUAUUUAUGUUGUGUCAAUUUUACAUUUCAUUGUAAGACAAGGGUCUUUAGACAAUUACUAGUAUUUAAUUAAAAUGAUGAUAAUCGUCGAGUUUGAGGAUUGCUCAGUUGGUUGAGGACCUUCCGUCCCUCAUU